UAGUAUGGCGUCGUUUUAGUAUAUCGUUUUAUAGAAAACAUUAUUUGUAAAUAUUUGUAGAUUCUAUGAGACAACAGUAUAGUGUAAACAAAAACUUCAAAAUGAAAAAGUCUCCUUUAAGUACGCCAAGUGGUAGCAAAGGGAAGCAAAGUUAUAAUUGGAAGUCGCACGACCAUAAAAGUAGGACAGGUUAUAGUUAUAUUAAAAGUGAUAGUUAUCAGUGUACUUCACCAAAUAGUGGUCAUAUACAGUCUGCAAAUGACUUUAUUCCUUUAAAUAUUAGUACACCAGAACAAAAAAGACUCAGUAGUAAUUGGCAUGGUUCUGGAGGUCGUAAUCAUCGUAAUUCAGGUAGUGGUGGAUUUAACCAUUACAGGAACAAUUAUCAUUCAACCCCAAAAUCAAAUUUCAAUAAUUCAUACUCUCCUUACAAGCUCUCUGGCAAACAAUUUUAUGGUCAGAAAAAGGGAUACCAAAAAGAUGCACGCAGACAGAUUAACAUAUCAUCUUAUAUAGAUAUGAAAUCUUUUUUGGAAGAUCCUUGGGCAGAAUUAACAAAAAAGUUAAAUGUAUCAACUGAAACAAAUGGGGAUGACUCGGUUAAACUUGAACAAUCUCUUUCGCCACAAUUAUUUUAUAUGGAUUCAGAAUCAAAUUCUGAAUGUAAAUCUGUAACAAAUCUGCAUAAUUCUUGUUUUAGUUCAGAAUCCAGAAAUGAAUCUUCUAUAGAUGUAAAAUUGGGGUUGGAUGAUACAAACGCUAGUGGUGUAUCAAAAACAGAGAGCUCAAUAAAUUUAAAACUUGACAAUGUAAGAUUCAGUCAAGAAUCAAAAAAUGACAGCAUUUGCAAUAAUAAUGAUAGUGCUAGUGAAAAUAUUCAUGAUGAAAAUAAUGUCCACGAUAUUUGUUCUUCAAAGACGAAUAUAAUUCAAGAUAUUAUAUAA